AAGAAACAAAACAGUAUAUACAAAUUCAUAAACUAGGUUAAUAUUUCCUAGUUCAUCUGUUUAAAGGAUUUUUUAUUAAUGACGGAUUAGAAAUCUUCGGUGUAAAAAGGAAAUUGGUCAAAGAGUCUCAUAGUCAAAAGUCCAAUACUUACUGAUUAAAUAAGAGAGUUAGUUUACAGUAAAAUAUUGUGGAAAGAGGUGAAAGAAAACAAACCCUAAAAAAAAUAUGGCGGCAUGAAUUUCCCUCUCAAUUCAAAACCCUUCCUUAUCGACUCUCCUUGUCUCCUCCUCGCUGCUAUCUUCCUCCUCAGCUUCCUCUACCUCACCAAACUUCGAACCUUCUUCCUCAGAAUAUUCGAUCUAGGUUUCUUGUUGAUGGCGGAACCCUCCCCGAUAAUCGAAACCCUAGAUGAAUCCCCCUCUGAUGACGAGUGCCAGACGAUGCCUGACAGCAGCAGCAACGAGAUCGGCUCGCGUAAUCGUCCUCCAAGGAGAUGCAUGCGGUAUUUUGACUAUAGCAGCGACGACGACGAUGAUCUCAGCAACGGAAUCUUCCGAAACAGGAGCGCUGUCUAUGGAGACUUGUAUAAUCGCCGUCCAAGGAGAUACAUGCAGAGUUUCGACUAUAGUAGCGACGAUGAUGUCGAGAUGGAGCUCCCAAAACCUAUUGAUAUCUUCUCUUGUUCGUCUCCUGAGAACAAACCUACAGGCGUUGGUGCUGGAUUGAAUAACUCAGGGAACACUUGUUUCAUAGCUUCCGUGUUGCAGUGCCUUACUCAUACUGUUCCUCUUCUCCAUAGCCUUCGCUCUUAUAAAUAUCAUUGCCCUUGCAACUGCGGCAAUGAGAGUUUCUGUGUUCUGCGCACUCUCCGAUAUCAUAUUGAGCAUGCUCUGAGGUCUUCAGGAUGUGACAUAAUGAUUGAUCGGUUUCGUGAUAACCUUAAUUAUUUCUCAUCCGACUUCCAGAUAAACCACCAAGAAGACGCUCAUGAGUUUCUUCAGUCGUUUCUGGAUAAGCUAGAGAAAUGUUGUUUGGAUCGUAGCCAUAGAGAUAACCCUCCCUCUGUCUCUUCUCAAGAUGUUAACAUUGUUGACCAUGUCUUUGGUGGGCGUCUCGUUAGUAAGCUUCGUUGCUGCAACUGCAAUUCUGUUUCAGAAACAUUUGAAACCUCUCCUGGAUGGAGUCUUGAAAUCGAAGAUGUGGAAGAUCUUUCUAGUGCUCUAGAGUCUUUUACAUGUGUGGAAAAACUCGAGGACCAGUUUACCUGUGAUGACUGUAAAGAGAAAGUCUCAAAGGAGAAGCAACUUAAGUUCGAUAAGCUGCCUCUUGUUGCUACGUUUCAUUUGAAGAGGUUUAAGAACAAUGGAGUUUAUAUGCAGAAGAUAAACAAAAAUGUCAAGUUCCCUUUGGAGUUGGACUUGCUCCCUUACAUGAGCAGUAACGAAAAUCCUGAAGUUUCCACUAAAUACCAUCUCUAUGCCAUGAUGGAGCAUCUUGGGAGUGGUACAUAUUUUGGUCAUUACUCAGCAUAUGUGAGAUCAGCUCCUGAGACAUGGCAUCAUUUUGACGACGAAAAGGUCAGGAGAAUCAGCGAAGAAUGUGUUCUAUCAAAGAGUGCGUAUAUGUUAUUCUAUGCAAGAGAAGGAACUCCUUGUUUCGCUAGUGCGUUUGAAGAGCUGAAGACACUAUUUGAUGCCACUCCGAUGAAUUUCUCGCCCAAGUCGGUGCUAGAGACUACUACUAUUACCUGUAGCGAGGAGUGUGUAAGCGACCUUAGUUACCAGACGGUCUCUGAUUCCAGCAACGCCUGUAAUGGCUCGGUGGGAGUUUCGAUCCCGUGUGGAAACUCAUCAGAUUACCAUUGUGAUGAGGCACAAGAUGAAGUGUUUCAUUCGGCAGAGUCUAACAGUGGUGACGAAUAUUUUGCGUUUGAGUCAACAAAGGCUGAUGACUCUGAGAAACCAUUUGCUGCGACCUUUCACCAAGAGGAGCGUCCUUUGUAUCCAGAUGGCAACAGAGCUACCACCGAUGACGCGUAUGUGCCUGUGCUCAAGAUUCAAGAGCAAGUCUCGUCUCCAAAACGUGAAGCUGCCGAGAGAGCUAUCAUUGGUGAAGAAACUUUUCUGACUAAGCGCAAGAUGCAAAAGCGAAAUCCGUUUUCGAAACGCCAAGGAAAAACAUUUCAGAUUCGACGUGAGCAUCUGCAAAAUAAGAAGAAGAGGGAAGAAACUUGUAUAACAAAUCCUUUUAGAAGCAUUGUUGCUGCUGCUUCAGAUCCUAAGGAGAAAAAACAUGCUGUUUCAUAUCUCAGGAGUAGGCCUUGUUCAUCUCGGUCUCGAUUGCUUGUUGCAGCUUUGGGUGUUAACGUCAAGAAGAAGAAAGUCUCUAACAUCAGAAGAUCUAGUCUUCACAGGAAUCUCUGAACGGCAAUCAAAAUGAAAGCUUGGGAUUAACUUUCUUUAUUUGUUAUGACGGUUUAGAUUAUAUAAUUAUAUUAGAUCAAAUUUUGUAAAGUUCUAAUCAAAGUUCUUAUAUAAAUUAUUCUAUUGAUUUUUA